UUCGAAGGGUUCUAGGUAUGAGCAAUGUGAAUAGUUCUUCUACUCCUGACUAUGAUUACCUGAUUAAAUUUCUGGCUCUUGGGGACUCGGGUGUUGGUAAAACAAGUGUGCUGUGCCAAUACACAAAUGGCGUUUUCAAUAAAAAAUUUAUAUCGACUGUUGGAAUUGAUUUUAGUGAAAAACGUGUUGUGUACCGUUCUCAGCAUUCAGAUGGCCUUGCAGGGAGAAGUCAAAGAGUUCAUCUGCAAUUAUGGGAUACUGCUGGACAGGAAAGGUUUAGAAGUUUGACAACAGCUUUCUAUAGAGAUGCCAUGGGCUUUAUUUUACUAUUUGACGUCUCAAAUGAACAAUCAUUUCUUAAUAUUCGUAACUGGUUAGAGCAAUUAAAGACCCAUGCUUACUGUGACAAUCCGGAUAUUGUGCUUUGCGGCAAUAAAGCUGAUUUAGAGGACACACGAUUUAUGAAAGAAGAAAAACUUAGAGAAGAAGCAGAGAAGUAUGGGCUUCCAUAUUUUGAAACUAGUGCAAUUACUGGUCAGAAUGUCACCAAAGCAUUUGAUACCCUUUUGGAUAUGGUUAUGAUGAGAAUACAAAAGACAGUGGAUGGAGGCACCCUGCCUGGAAGAAGACGUGGGGCGCCAGGUAUGCAAUUGCAAUCUGAGGGACAGCCUUCCCAACAAAAAUCCUGUGGAUGUUGA